AUGCCUGCGUCCUGUUGUCAUUCCGCCAGCUCCGUCUCUUCUGCGACCCCCGCCGCCUCCUCCUCCUCCUCCUCCUCCCCCUACGCGCGCACCACCGUCCUCAAUGCCAUGAGUAUCGACUUUCCCCAGCAGCCCCCGCCCCCGCCACCACAUCCAGCACCCGCCAGGACGCAGUCUGCAAAGAUCGCCCGGCCCAGGGGUCUGUGGAAGGCCCGUGGGACACUUGCCUCCAAGUUGGGUCACGCCUCCGAUUAUAGCACUCCUCCGACUCCCCCCACCACAUCCUUCCCCGGAAAGCGCUACUCCCACCCCGACCCCCACCCAGACGCCCACAGCGACCGCUGGCUCUCCCCCGACCCCUUUUCCGAGUGCGAGUACGACUCGGAUUCCUCCGGUGCCUCCUUAUCGCUCCAUCAGCAGCAUCUCGACCUUUAUCACGACGGCCACACGUUCCUGCGCGACCCCCCCACCCUUUCCAAGCGCCGCCGCCGAGACACCGAUUCGCCCCCGACUUCGCUCGACGAGAGGGACACGGAGGAGGUGAUAUAUUGGGAUUACUCGAGAAAGUGCACGCCGAAUUUGGAUAUUGAGAAAGAUUGGACGAGGAGCAAGCUUAUGGAUACAUCUCCGAUUACGAUGUCGUCUAUGGCCCCCGCUACACCUGGCGCGAUGGAGGCUGCUGCUGCUGCCCAGCGCGCCACGACCGAUCUGGAGGAUUGGGAGGAUCUCAAAGAGUUGUUUGCAAAAGCCGCAGAGAUGUACGAAUCUCAAUCUCCUUCAGAGACUCUCCCACUUCUUCGUGGCGUUAUCCAUGAAUGCCAUCGGUUUCUCCAGAUGUACCACGAUCCGUCUGUUAUCUAUACCUCUCCGCCCUCGAACAACGGCACUCCACCUGCUGUCGACAAGAAAAUCAUCAACGACUGGCUUCUAGCCGAGCGACUCCAUGCCCAGCACCAGGCGAAAUCGCAAUCUGUGGCAACGGAUGCUUCCACUGUAGCUCCCUCUACCACCACCACUACCACCACCGCGGAGAAAAAAUGCAAAUGCAAAGAUCUACCGACAGCAUUCUAUACCAUCCUAGGCACCACACUCUUCUUUUUCGGAAACAUCGUCGAUGCCUCGCCUUCGCUGUGCAUGCCCGGCGAGCCUGCAAAUCCAGUCGUGUACUGGCUCUGCGCCCUGGACGCCUUUGAGAUCGGCGAGAAUCUUCCAGCACGCACCAGUGGCCGCGUCAACAACGUGAAAGGGGACUACUUUUCGAGCGGGGGCAGUACGGGGGUCGUCAGCAGGAGCGCGUACGCUGCCCGUGCGGCUGGUGUGACGCCACCGCCGGAGGAUUGGCGUAUGGCGGUCGUCUGGGGACGCACAUUGGUGUGCAUCGCGGAAGAGGUUGUGAGGAGACAACACGAACGCUCAAAGCAGGGUCUGCCUCCACUUUCACACACUUCCCCGCAGCUCGGCUUCGCGCUUGCGCCUGGCAUGCAGCUGUCGAACUAUGCGGACGUCGUCCCGUUGGCACCGACGAUGCCUGCAUCGCCUUCGGCGUUUCCGUUACCGCAGCAACGUCUGGCGGAGGCGCAGAAAGAUGCGGCGGCGGCAGGUUCCAAUUUGGACUCGCCUGUGUGGCCGCCGAAUUCGCCGUUUGCGACGAUCAUCUCGAGGCGCCCCGCGCUGCCUCCACGGCUGACGCUCGAUAGCGGAGUGAGCCCCCACGAGCUGUUGUUGCUUGCGCAGGACCAGUUUUCAAGAGGGAUACUCCAUAUGCCACAUCCUCAGCAUUUGGUGCAUACUAGACUACCGCGUGUGGACCAUACGAACUCGACUGUGCCUGAUUCUUUCCUUUUCACGCCUGCUCUUGGCCCGUCGACGACGUAUGACAAGAAGAACGCGCGGAGCGCCUCGUCGAUUUCGACUGUGUCGUCGCAGCAAACUGCCUCGACUUCGACUUCACCUCCGACGACGACGACAUCAUCGUCCUCCGUGUCCAUCUCGCCGCCGGCGCAUUCGCCCGCUGCAUCGACCGAGACGUUUUCCCGCGCCAAAGAGCUGUACACGAUCGCAUAUGAGGUGCUGUUGCUGGCGGAGAAGCUGGACUCGGCGUCGGAAAGGCAGACGUGGGCGCAGUGGGCGGAUAGUGUGUUCAGCCAGAUGAAGAUGGAGGCGGACACGGAUGCGUGGAGGGGCCAUAUUACUGCUGCGCGGGGGAGGUGUUGUGUGGUUAUUGGGUCGGCGCUGGCGGAGGGUGUUGAGGAGCGGUUGGAAAAGGCUGGUGGGGGUGUGGAUGAUGAUAUGACGGGCGGUGGUGGUGGGAAGAGGAAGAGGGAGGAUGAGAGUGGGGUGCCGAGGGAGACGGAGGAGCAGGUGUUGGCUAGUGAGGAGGCGAGGGAGGCGAGGGAGGUGUUGAGUGAGGCUAUUGGCUAUUUGGAGCGCGCGAAGGAGGUGUUUGAGGCGAGGAUGCAGGAGGAGAAGGAGCAGGCUGCUCGUGGGGGUGCUGCUUCCGCGCAGCAGGCUCAAGACGAGGAAGAGGAAGAGGAAGAUGAAGAGGGGAUGAUUGUUAUUGAAGACGCGGAUGAAGAGGAUGAGAGUGAAGAUAGCGAUGAGAUUGUGGCGGAUGACUCGUCGGCGACGCCUACGCCUGCUACGACGCGCGGUGCGGCUGUGUCGUCGCCCAUCUCUCAUCUUCGUAUGCCUGGAUCCAGGUCUUUGGGGAAGGUUACGGCUGCUACGCAGACUGUCUCGGAGGAGGACGCUUCGAAAACUGCUUCUACUCUCCCUUCCUCUUCUUCGACGUCAAAGUCAGCCUCGGCGUCUUCAUCAUCAGCUCUAUCCCCACCCGCCUCCUCAAACCCCAACCCGAGCAGUGGGAAUACAGCUGAAGACGAAGUGGAAGAGCUCAAGACGCUGCUUGCGGAGGCGCUGUUGAGUUUGGCGAAUUUGACGGUGGAUGGGGCGGAGAGGGAGAGGUUGUAUGCGCGUGCGCAGGUGGAGGGGGGUGAUAAGUUUGAGCUUGAUGAGUGGGAUGAGGAGGAUCGGAUGGAUGAGGAUUGA